AGAAAAAUAAAGCUUUAGGCAGAGAGUGUUUGUUUCUACUACGUUGUUCUCUUCUGGUUUUUUCUUCAGUUCUAAGGUGACAGAAGAGUGCCAAGAGAAAGGUAAAUUUAAUAGUGAAAAGAAAUGUCGACGGAACCGAAAUCAUCGUCGGAUUCAGAUUCCUUCAAACCCUACACUCUUUCCCAAACCCUAACUGGCCACAAACGCGCCAUCUCCGCCGUCAAAUUCUCCUCCAAUGGCCGCCUCCUCGCCUCCUCCUCCGCCGACAAGACUCUUCGAACCUACGGCUUCACGAACUCCGACUCCGACUCCGACAGCCUCUCUCUCUCCCCGAUGCAGGAGUACUCGGGGCACGAGCAGGGCGUGUCGGACCUCGCCUUCUCCUCCGACUCCCGCUUCCUCGUCUCCGCCUCCGACGACAAGACCCUCCGCCUCUGGGACGUGCCGACGGGGUCCCUUAUAAAGACGCUGCAGGGCCACACUAACUUUGUCUUCUGCGUCAAUUUCAACCCUCAGUCUAACGUCAUCGUCUCCGGCUCCUUCGACGAGACCGUUAGGGUUUGGGAUGUGAAGUCCGGCAAGUGCCUCAAGGUCCUCCCCGCCCACUCCGACCCCGUCACCGCCGUGGACUUCAACCGCGACGGCACCCUCAUCGUCUCCAGCAGCUACGACGGCCUCUGCCGAAUCUGGGACGCCUCCACUGGCCACUGCGUCAAGACCCUUAUCGACGACGAGAACCCUCCCGUCUCCUUUGUCAAGUUUUCCCCCAACGCCAAGUUCAUCCUCGUUGGCACCCUCGACAACACUCUCAGGCUUUGGAACUAUUCAACUGGGAAGUUUCUGAAGACUUACACGGGUCACGUUAAUUCAAAAUACUGCAUUUCAUCAACUUUUUCUAUAACAAAUGGAAAGUAUGUUGUUGGCGGAUCAGAAGAUAACUCUAUAUACUUGUGGGAACUUCAGUCAAGGAAAAUAGUACAGAAAUUAGAAGGCCAUUCUGAUGCAGUUGUUUCUGUGUCAUGUCACCCGACAGAGAACAUGAUUGCUUCUGGUGCACUCGGCAAUGACAAAACUGUGAAGAUCUGGACUCAACAGAAAGAAUGAUUCAGUUGGGAACAAAUGGAUAUCAAAGUUGAUUUGGGGUAAGUGAUUUAUGAUGAUACCUGUGACUCAUUUUCUAGUUGAGAACUUUGGUUGAGAAACUCUGUACCUUUCCCAGUUGAGAACACUAUUUUAGUCUCUGCUAGGUUCCACCAUUCUUUGAGAGACUGGAACAUGUGUUUGGGAACACAAUAUUUUCAACCUUGUAUCUUAGCUAGCGGGUUUCGCUAUUUAACUAUUCUCAUUCUUCAUUCUACAA